AUGGACGUCGCUAUCCCAUUUGAAGACGCACAGAACCAACAGACGCUCCAGUGGGUCAUCGGAGAGGGUGACAACAUCGACAGCAAAGCCAUUGCCAACAACCCACGCUUCGUGCUGGUUAUUACUGAUCCGCCCCCCGGUAACCAUGCCGAUAUCAUGAUCGAAAAGUACGGUUACGAGAAUGGCUCGCUUUAGAGCCGGGCGUUUAUCUUGGAGGACGUAGCCCAAACAUCCCUGAUGACAUCGGCGACGUCAACAGAGACAUUUUCGACGUUGACACAACCGACGAUAUCCAGUACAGUCCUUCCCGACGUCUGAUCCCUCUACCCCAGUCAACAACGGCGAUCUGCCUCAGACAGCGAAGAUCGGCAUCGGCGUUGGAGUUGGGCUUGGGUCCCUGUUGCUGAUAACUUUGUCUGUUCUUCUGACAAGAUUUGUCUUGAAGCGGCGGGGCAGAGACAGCAAGGCGGAUUUCGACAGCGGUCCGAAUGAGGAAAUGGUUCAUGAUAUUGGCAAACCACCGCUUUACUCAAGCCCUUUCGUUGUGCACAGCGUUAAUGGUCAUAGCAAUGCGGCUGAGUUGGCUACUCAGCCUACGUCGGUGGAGGCGGGGAGCUGAAAUCGGGUAUCUUGAAGGGUGACGGUCGAAUCAAUGGUCGCGGUGUUAGGUUUUGGUGACAUGUAACACAUAGGGGCUGGAAGUCUGUAGCUAGGUAGAUAGGUACACACCCCAAUAAUACACAGAUGAAGUGGGAUUUGUCGAGGAGA